UAGCACUCGAGAGGCAUUUAAUCGAGGGCACUAUUAGAUUAUGUACGGUACAAACUUUGCGCGAAGCCUGAAGUUGUUCCAGUUGCUGACGCUAGGAGCUGUCCGCGGUGCUGAAACGGCUCGACUCAGUCUGAGAGGUGCUGACAGAAAUUGAACAUUCUCUGGCUUCUCCUCCGUCCACAAUUACAAAUCUGAUCAGAGCUGCCCGUUUCGCGUGGCGACCUCUUCUCCUCGCGGAACUCCUGCGUCUUGCUCCUCUUUAAUUAUUCGGAAAGUGUUUUAAUGCAAGGACAUAUUUUCUGUGAAAGGAUCCCACUGCCGUGAGCAUGAACUCGACUAGAAAUUACAAACCAAGCAUGGUCGUUCUGAUCCUGGUCGUAUUUGCUGGUAUUGGGAUGGCACGAGGGCAAGCAGGAUCCUUAACAGAUGGGAGGUUAGCAGUCACCCAAAGAGGAGGUCAGCUAGAAGCAGAGGACGGGUCCAACCCAUAUCACACCACCCAGGACACAGACAGAGAAUUACCCUUGUUCACCACGGCUCCCCCUUACAGUGGCCUCGACCACCAUCCGCCUUUUAAGCCCUACCCGCCUUAUGACCCACGUGGCCAAAGCCACGGCCAGUAUUUUCAGGACAGUGGAGGGGCAGCGCACCAUCCCACAAUGCCAUCCUCCAGUUCCCAUCUCCUCCAGGACCCAUCUACACAGUUGGUCCCACAUGAAGAAGCACUGCCUUUUUCUGAUGUAGCGGCUCCCAGAAGCACCACAAUGGCUCCAUCGGCUGCUGCCCUCACCCAGCCACAUGUGCCCAAAAUCCAACACAAACUUUCAGUAGAAACGCAGAGAAGAAGUUCAGAUCCAUCCAUUUCUUUGAGCACCACUGAUGCGCACACAUCUGCACUGCCUGUUUCCAAACACUUAGAUAGAGAAGACUUCACUCAAACUUUCAACAUCAAGCCACAGGAUGUGACUGUAGAGAGAAAGCCCUCUGUUGAACAUGAUGAAUCUCCAGAAAGUGAUGUUGAUGUAAAAGCAUCGUCAUCAGUGGCUGGUGAUUUGGAUGACGAGACCACCACAUCCACCAUCAUCACCACAACGGUCAUUACCAACAUGCAGACGCCAGCUCCGUGUAGCGCCAAUUUCACAUCGCCGGGAGGCUACAUAGAGACACCACAGCAGGCUAGGAGCUGGUACAAUGCCAAUGUGGACUGCACAUACACCGUGACCGUCUACAUGGGCUAUGGGGUGGAAAUCCAGGUAAUGAAUGUGAGCCUGUCUGAGGGUGACGUAGUCAUAUUCGAAGACCUGGGUAACCGAGAACCUUCUGUCCUGGCCAACGAGUCCAUCCUACUGAAAGGUCUGGUGGUGCGCAGCUGGAGCAACCAAAUCUCCAUCCACUUUCGCAGCCGCCAACCGCAGUCCAGCUCCUUACUCCUGCGCUAUCAAGCUUUUGUGUUGAGUUGCAACUUCCCUGAUAGACCAGCAUAUGGGGAUGUUUCAGUCAGCAGCCUGCAUGCAGAAGGAGAGGCCUAUUUCUACUGCUUUAAUGGAUAUCAGAUCCAGGGUCCGUCCACACUGACGUGCCGCAACGCCACCAUACCAUACUGGAGCGGCAAAGUGCCACGCUGUCUUGUGGCCUGCGGUGGAAUGGUGAAGAAUGCGACUCUCGGCCGCAUUGUGUCUCCUGGUUUUCCAGGCAACUACAGCAACAACCUAACCUGCCACUGGGUGCUGCAAGCCCCUGAAGGCCACCGGCUGCAUGUGCACUUCGAGAAGGUGGCCCUCGCUGAAGACGACGACAGGUUUUUGAUCAAAAACGGCAACCAUAUUGACUCACCCAUCGUGUAUGACUCGUAUGAGGUGGAAUACCUUCCUAAUGAGGGAGUCGCUAGUUCCUCCAGACAUCUCUUUGUGGAGUUCACUACAGAUGGUUUCGGCACCAACACAGGAAUGGCCAUCCGAUAUGAAGCUUUUGCAGCGGGGCAUUGCUACGAGCCAUUCGUCAAGUACGGCAACUUCACCACCACUGACAGCACCUAUGCUGUGGGCACGGUUGUGGAGUUCACCUGUGACCCCGGAUACACUCUGGAGCAGGGCUCCGUUAUCAUCGAGUGCAUGGAUCCCAGCAACCCUCAGUGGAACGAGACUGAGCCCACCUGCAGAGCUGUUUGCAGUGGUGAGAUCACAGAUUCAGCUGGGAUGGUCUUGUCUCCAAACUGGCCUGAGGCCUAUGAUAAGGGUCAGGACUGCAUCUGGGGCAUCCAUGUUGAGGAGGACAAAAGGAUCAUGCUGGACAUCCAAGUUCUCCACAUGGGAAAGAAUGACCUGCUGACUUUCUAUGAUGGAGAUGACCUGACUGCAAAGAUACUGGGCCAAUACAGCGGCUCACGGCCUCGGUUCAAGCUCUACACCUCUAUGGCUGAUGUGACCAUCCAGUUCCAAUCAGACCCUGCUACCAACAUCUAUGGCUACAACAACGGCUUUGUGGUGCACUUUUUUGAGGUUCCUCGUAACGACACAUGUCCAGAGCUUCCAGAGAUCUCAAAUGGCUGGAAGACCACAUCCCACCCUGACCUUGUGCAUGGCACAGUCGUCACCUAUCAGUGUUAUCCUGGCUUCGAGGUGGUGGGCACCGAAAUGUUGAUGUGCCAAUGGGAUCUGACCUGGAGCGGAGACCUGCCCAGCUGUGAAAGAGUGCUGUCGUGUCCAGACCCGGGCACAGUAGAGCACAGUCGCAGGGUGAUGUCGGGGCCGCGUCUCAUCGUGGGCUCCACUGUCCAGUACAUCUGUAACAAAGGCUACUCGCUGUCAGGAAACAGCCUCCUUUCUUGCUACCACAGAGACUCCACUGGCCCCAAGUGGAGCGAGAAACUGCCCAAAUGCAUCCCGGAUUCGUUUGAGCCGUGCAGGAACCCUGGCACUCCGGCCUACACCAUCCAGAGCUCUGAGAAGCACGUGUAUCAGGCUGGAGAAACUGUACGCUUCUCCUGCAUGAAUGGGUACGAGCUCCAGGGCGAACCUGUUCUCCGUUGUGUCCCCGGGCAUCCUUCCAAAUGGAGUCAUCCACCGCCGCUGUGCAAAGCGGUAACACUGGAGUACAUUGAUGAACGCCGGCUGGAUGUGGCCAGUGCAGACUUCAGUAUGGAGGGGGCCAGUGUGGCUGUGUCCAUUUUCAUCCCUGUGGCCGUAAUCAUAAUUAUCAUCUUGUCAAUAUAUUUCUACUUUUCAAGGGUGCAGGGAAAAUCUCUCCGGAUGUCCAUGUCAACGUCGCCACAGUAUGAUCACAUUAGAGGAGAGUCUGCUUUUGAAAACCCCAUUUAUGAGACCACGAACAAUGAGAGACCUAUGAUUCAAAGCAGCCACCAGAGGUUCUCUCUAGGAUUCUGUUGUAAAGAAAGAGCCUGUAAGGAGAGUUGAUCAGCACGGACAAAGCCGAGAAGGACACGAGAGAAUACGAAGUCUCCAUUUAAAUAAAACCACGCUUGUUUUAGCAUGGAGGACCGCAAGCCUUUCUCUGCCUUGUGGAAGAUCUCAGUUCCUCUCACAUCUUGUGUAGCCAACUCUGCUCUUAAUCUCACCUACCUUCUCAUCUUUUUUCCCAUCUGCUGUAAAUAGCACCUCGCUUCUGAGGACUUCCACAAGCCAAGAGUGUGGACAACAUGAUAUUAUUUUUGUAGCGCUUCAAUAGCCAUGGCCUAGCAGACUUGCUUGUACAGUUUUUACCCGUAAUUGAGCCAAAUUCAAAAAGGAAUUGGAUAAAAUGACAGGCAAUAGGGGAAACCAUGAUAUUUAUGUUACUGUUGUCUCUCUUUAAACACUUUUGCUUUUUUUUUACUUGACAUUUUUUGACUUGCAACACCCCGAGAGGCUUUGUAAGAUUCAAAAAAAGUUGAAAUAUGAGAAAUGGCUGCAAUUGUGAAAUACAAAUGAUGUCCAUUCUCAUUGAAAAUGAAGUAAUUGCACGAUAAAUGGUCAGUUAUAAAAAAUAAAACAUUUCAUUUUCUGGUGA